GGUUUGGGUUCAGAAUAUCAGAGCGAAAGUCAUUUUGGAUAGAUACCCAAGGUCCACGUGCGAAAGCAAUCUCAUCACUUUUGGUAAUUACAAAUGUCUCACCAGUACGAGCUCGAUAUACGACCAGCAGAGACGGCCGCUGAGAACACACAACCCGAAAACCGGCGUGCCAACUCCUCUCUUCCGCGAGCCGAUGGAGGAGGUGCGGCUUGGAGAAUACUCCUAUCUGCCUUUGUGUUCGAGUCAUUGUUGUGGGGUUUUCCGCUCUCCUUUGGCGUCUUUCAAAACUACUACUCGCAGCUUCCUGAGUUUAAGGGGGAUCCUUUCAUUGCCAUUGUGGGAACGACUGCCAGCGGCAUAUCUUACAUAGCCGCUCCCAUUGUAAUCCCAUUCAUCAGACGGUACUCUAUGUACCGGUGCCAAAUGAUAUGGUUCGGGUGGCCUGUUUGUCUUCUGGCACUCGUAGCAGGCUCUUUCGCGAGAUCAUUGCCGACUUUGAUCGUCACUCAGGGUGUUAUGUAUGGAGUAGGAUUCACAAUCUUCUAUUACCCAAUCAUUAGCAUGGUAAAUGACUACUGGAUCACACGAAGAGGUUUGGCGUAUGGAAUUCUGUGUAGUGCUUCUGGCGUUUCAGGGGCAAUAAUGCCAUUCUGCAUCAACGGCCUUCUUCGCAAGUAUGGCUAUCCGACCACGUUAAGAGCUGUGGCAGUCGGAUUGUUUGUGUGUACUGCACCUCUCAUCUUUUUCCUCAAAGGACGGACCCCCGAGGAUGGGACUGCGAGCAGGACAGACUGGUCGUUCUUGAAAGUCCCUCGCUUCUGGAUCUACAGCAUUUCAAAUUUUGCAAUGGGUCUUGGUUAUUUCUUUCCCUCGAUUUACAUGCCUUCAUACGCGUCCUCCAAUGGGCUGAGUCCUGUCCAUGGCGCGAUUCUCCUGGCGCUGAUGAGUCUAUCGCAGGUUCUGGGCCAAAUGAGUUUUGGCUAUCUGUCGGACGGCAAGCUCUCUCUGGAUCUAUUGGCCAUUUCAUCAACGCUUGUGGCUGCUGCAGCAGUAUACGUCUGUUGGGGGGUAGCACACUCUUUUGGUAUCUUAGCCGUCUUUUCUCUCUUCUACGGUUUCUUUGGAGCAGGUUAUACGGCGCUUUGGGGUCGAAUGGGUACCGCAGUGAGCAAUGAGUCAACUGGGGCCUUUGCGGCAUUUGGGCUUCUAAAUUUUGGUAAAGGUGUCGGCAAUAUCCUCGCCGGACCAGUAGGUGGCGCCUUGCUCAAGGGGGCUGUUCAAGUUGACAGCUAUGGCACGGCUAAGUAUGGACCAAUCAUAUUAUUUACAGGCUCUUGUAUGGCGGUCAGCUCUGUGACUGUGGUUUUGUGUUAUCUCAAGAGGGUAUAGCAAUACGCGUAAGGAUAGGUGGACAGCAGGACAGUAAUCUCGGUCACAUCCAUGUUUGGCGACGGGACCUGUCAC